AUGUCUGUGGCCGCCUUCCGCCGCCGGCGGAGCGCCCUCGCCCGCUCCAUGUUCCAAGAGUUUAACGCUUCAGUGUUUGGUAACCGGCUGCCAGAGGAUCUGGAGAUCUCCUGGAACGCCCACCUGAGGACCACAGCAGGCACCACGCACUACAAGCGAGAGCCGCCCACUACCCUGACAGAUCCCCCCAGGCACACAGCACGAGUGGAGCUGAGCAGCAAGGUGCUGGACAGCCGGGAGCGGCUGCGCGCGACGCUGCUGCACGAGCUGUGCCACGUGGCCGCCUGGGUGCUGCCGCCGCACGCCGCAAAACCGCCGCACGGGCCCGUCUUCAAGCGCUGGGCGGCCGCCGCGGCGGCCGCGCACCCGGACGUCCCCGUCACCACCUGCCACUCCUACAACAUCCACGUCCCCUUCCAGUGGCAGUGCGAAAACCCCGAGUGCGCGCAGGUGUACAAGCGCCACUCCAAGUCGAUCAACGCGGCGAGGCAGGCGUGCGGGCUCUGCCGCAGCCGGCUGGCCUUCCUGGGCAAGUUCCGGCCGGACGGCACCCCCGCCAAAGCGCGCGCCCCGAGCGCCUUCUCGGCAUUCGUGCGUGACAACUUUGCCGACGUGCGCUCGGCCUGCCCCCCCGGCACGCCCCAGCAGGGGGGGUCAUGAGCGCGCUGUCGGCCAGAUGGCGCCAGCACAAGGCCUCGGCCGAGGGCGGCCCCCCCGGCAAUGACUCAUCGGCCGCCGUCCGGUCCCUCGACAGCGCGCUUGCUGGCAUGAGGCUCUGAUUGGUGCCAGCACAGCACUGGAUUCGUUGCUCGAUGAUCUGGAGUGGAUUAGGAUCAGCUUGCUGAAGCCUUGGAGUUGCAGAGUUAGUAAAUGCAACACCAUGCAUUGCCUGUGCUGUGCGGCAAAGUGUCCGCAUGAAGCGGACAAAAACACUCCACCUUGCCGUUCACUGACAUGGUUUAGGGGUCGAUCAUUGUCUAGACACAACGCAGUUGCAACCCACUGUAUCACAGUGCAUUCACCCGCAAUCAAGCUUAAGCUUUGUUGUGUUUGUCAGGAGGUUGGUAUCAAACUCAUCAGGGUGGUUUUUAGGAUUCUGUGUACAUUUAGAGUCUACAUUGGCGGUGCAAGGCACGGAUUAUAGAUAGGAUGUCAUUUUGGCAGAUUAUGUUGCUGUCAAGAAGGUCAUGGAAUGAAAUUGAAGAACUG